AUGGCAACUUUAACCAACGGGCAGGUGGACGGCACGGUGCACGGCGUCGGUGUGGUCUCCGCCAGCACGAACGGGCUCGUGAACGGAUUAAGCCACAGCCACAGCCCGGCGGGCUGCCCGGCCACCAUCCCCAUGAAGGACCACGAUGCCAUCAAACUCUUCAUCGGUCAGAUCCCCCGCAACCUGGACGAGAAGGACCUCCGGCCCCUCUUCGAGGAGUUCGGCAAGAUCUACGAGCUCACUGUGCUCAAGGACCGAUUCACGGGCAUGCACAAAGGCUGUGCCUUCCUCACCUACUGUGCCAGAGAGUCAGCCCUGAAAGCCCAGAAUGCAUUGCAUGAGCAGAAGACCCUGCCAGGGAUGAACAGACCGAUCCAGGUGAAGCCAGCGGACAGUGAGAGUCGAGGAGAAGACAGAAAGCUCUUUGUGGGCAUGCUCAACAAGCAACAGUCAGAAGAUGAUGUGCGGCGCCUUUUCGAGUCUUUCGGCAGCAUCGAGGAAUGCACUAUCCUCAGAGGUCCCGAUGGAAAUAGCAAAGGCUGUGCAUUUGUAAAAUACUCCUCUCAUGCUGAAGCUCAGGCAGCCAUCAGUGCACUACACGGCAGCCAGACAAUGCCUGGUGCCUCAUCCAGUCUGGUGGUAAAGUUCGCCGACACGGAUAAGGAGCGCACCAUCCGCCGCAUGCAGCAGAUGGCUGGUCAGAUGGGCAUCUUCAACCCUAUGGCCCUGCAGUUUGGAGCCUACGGAGCCUACGCUCAGGUGCAGCAGCAGGCGGCAUUGAUGGCAUCUGUAGGCCAGGGAGGCUACCUCAGUCCAAUGGCAGCCUUUGCUGCUGCCCAGAUGCAGCACAUGGCAACCAUCAAUGGCCUCCCAGGAGCACCGCUGACCCCCACGUCAGGUGGCAGCACUCCUCCGGGCAUCAGCGCCCCCACAGUGACCAGCAUUCCCUCCCCCAUUAGUGUAAAUGGUUUUACUGGCAUGCCGCCCCCCCAGGCAAAUGGGCAGCCCCCUGCAGAGGCUGUCUUCACCAAUGGGAUACACCAUUACCCUGUGUUGCAGGAGGUGGUUUUUAGGGAGGACUCGGAGAAAAACGGCUUGGGCGUGGCUCCGCGAAGUUGUUUUGGGGUUCAGGGUGGCUGCUUCCUCUCCUCUCUCUCUGAAGCUCAAAGUCCCACUGCAGCUGAUCCUCUCCAGCAGGCUUACACUGGAGUCCAGCAGUAUGCAGCCUACCCCGCUGCAUACGGCCAGAUCAGCCAAGCCUUCCCGCACCCUCCACCCAUCAUUCCACAGCAGCAGCGAGAAGGACCAGAAGGUUGCAACCUGUUCAUCUACCACCUCCCUCAGGAGUUUGGGGAUGGAGAGCUGAUGCAGAUGUUCCUGCCUUUCGGUAAUGUCAUCUCCUCCAAAGUGUUUGUGGAUCGGGCGACAAACCAAAGUAAAUGCUUUGGGUUUGUGAGCUUCGACAACCCAGGUAGUGCCCAAGCUGCCAUCCAGUCAAUGAACGGCUUCCAGAUCGGCAUGAAAAGGCUCAAGGUGCAGCUGAAGAGGCCAAAGGAUGCCAACCGCCCCUACUAGCCCCCGCCCCAGCCAGCCGCCGCCAUCCUGGUGGCCGGGGCAGCCGUCGC